ACAAAGAACAUUAUAAAGAAUUUGAUGAAUUAUACGGACAGUUAACUAGUGAAAAAUACAGAUUAUUACAUCAAGAAAUUUUAAAUGAAGAAUCUCAAGUUGCUUUAGGUGAAGAAGAUUCUCAAACAGUUGUGCAAUAUUUUGAAAAUAUAUCCUAUAGUUGUGGAUCACCAAUUCUUCCAGACAGUCAUCCGCUUUUUAAUCAACUUCAUAUACACCAAAAUAUUACUUGUGAUUCACCUAUUGAACGAAAUUAUUAUUCAAGCCGUUUGAAAGAUGUUGAUUUAUGUUACUGGUGUGGAGCUGAAGAUGGUAUUAUUGAUCCAUCUGAUGAGUUAAAAUCAGAAUUUAAAACUAUCUAUCCAUUAUGCGCUUCAUGUUAUGCUAAUGGCCAUGAAUGGUCUACUUGUGCACCAAUUGUAUUUCAAGCAAACAAAAAAGUUCGUACUUAA